UCUCGGACCCCAUCAACACGCACGGGGUUGGUUGGUCGGGGGGGCGGGCAGCAGGGGGAGCAGCAGCAGCAGCAAGGGCAGCAGGAGGAGAAGCAGCAGUAGGGGACGAGGCUGGUGCUCUACCGCUUCGGCAUUAUAUGGCGGCGUCUUGAUGCAGUCGCGGUCUCGGCAGCGUCUUGCACAGUAGCGUGCAGACCGAGCUGUGUACCCUUUGAGCCUGCUGGCAGUGACCAGCACCGCCUCACCUGGCCCAGCUGUGUCCACGAGGAGGAGCGACGACAUUUGCCCUUUCCCAGGAGGUGAGUGAGGCAUCAUGAGCGGUGUCGGGGAGGGGGCGGCCGAGCCAGGUCCUGCCGAGUCCCGCAAGCGCAAGCUCUCCGGCUCCGAGCCAAUCGGGCCCAGUGUGAAGUGCACGCCGGAGCGGCAAUGGCGCGAACAAGAGAACAAGUACAUCGAAGAGCUGGCCGAGCUGAUCUCGGCCAACAUCAGUGACAUCGACAGCCUCAACGUAAAGCCCGACAAGUGCGCCGUGCUGCGCGAGACGGUCAACCAGAUCCGCCAGAUCAAGAGGCACGAACAAGAGAAGGCGACGGCUCGCACCCCUGAGAUCCAGCAGUCAGACGUUUCGUCCAGCAGGCAGACCCUCAUCGACAAGGACUCUCUGGGCCCGCUGCUGCUCGAGGCGCUGGACGGCUUCUUCUUCGUUGUCAACCGCGAGGGAAACAUCGUGUUCGUGUCCGAGAACGUGAAGAACUACCUGAAGUACAACCAGGAUGAGCUGAUGAACAAGAGCGUCUACAACAUCCUGCACGUAGGCGACCACGCCAACUUCAUUCGCAACCUCCUGCCCAAAUCGCUCGUGAAUGGCGUGCCGUGGCCCAGCGACACCACACAGAGGAACAGCUGCACCUUCUCGUGCCGCAUGCUCGUGCGGCCCCUCCACGACUCCGAGGGGGAGACGGACGUAGCAGCCGGGGCUCCGGGGGCAGCCGGGGUGGCCGGGGCAGCCGGGUCCACUGGGGUGGCGGCUCGGGGCAGCGGACCGGGGGCCGCCCAGGAGGAGCUGCAGAGAUACGAGACCAUGCAGUGCUUUGCCGUCACGCACCCACGCGCCAUCAAGGAGGAGGGAGAAGACCUGCAGUCCUGCCUCAUCUGCGUCGCUCGACCUAUGCCCAGGUCGGAAUCGUUCUCCACGCGGCAAGAUCCCACGGGAAAAAUCGUGGCAAUCGACACGAGCAGCCUGCGUGCCUCGAUGACCGUGGGCUGGGAGGACCUGGUGCGGAGAUCCAUCAAGGUGUUCUACCAGGCAGCUGAAGCCAACAUGUCCCUCGCACGCCGCCACCACCAGGAAGUGAUGAUGAAGGGCAUGGCCACGAGUCCGCCGUACCGAUUCCAGCUGGCGGACGGUACCGUGGUGAUCGCGCAGACCAAGAGCAAGCUCUUCCGCAACAACGCCACCACGCAGCCGCACAUGGUGCAGUCCAUCCACAACGUUGUCAGAGAAAAGUCGAUAAUUGGCCAAGACGCAAUGGCACAGGCAGUUGGAGCUGGGAAACAAAACAACAGCAACGUCAUGGUCAAUAGCAGCCAGCACCAACACCUGCCAGGCCAACAGCCGAUGUUACCUGUUGGGUCCAGCCAGGAACAACAUCAUCAACAGCAGCAGCAACACCAACAACAGCAGCAACACCAACAACAGCAGCAACACCAACAACAGCAGCAACACCAACAACAGCAGCAACACCAACAACAGCAGCAACACCAACAACAGCAGCAACACCAACAACAGCAGCAACACCAACAACAACAGCAACAGCACCAACAUCACCAGCAACACCACCACCAGCAGCAACAGCAGCAACAACACCACCAACCAGUCAGCAGCCAAGGCUACAGUACGUCUAAUCCCACAGGCCAUCCUACAGGCCAGCCCGGCUUCUGGCGUGCACCGGGCAGGUUUGGAGGGCCUAACGAUGCCACGAUGGGCAGGAGCACAUCAUCAGCGCAAGCCAACUCGGUGGGCCACCGUUUUGGCGGAAUGAACGGCGGCGAAGGGGCGGUCAGCAUGACCGGCGUCAUGGGUAACCAGGGCGGCACUAACGUGAGCGUGGGUGGCAGCCCUGCCCGAAGCAGCCCCGGCACGAUGGUGACGCAGAUGAUGUCGCCGAGGCAGAGGUGCAGUCCCGGCGCGGCCAACCCCGCACACAGCAGCCCCCAGGGCUCGUUCGAGGCCCCACGGAUGCCGUUCUCUCCGGUGAGCGCCGGCUCGACAGGCGGCAUGCGCUCGCCCCAGGCUAUGGGGAACAUGCGCUCGCCGCUGGGAGCCAUGAACGCCGGAAGUCGGGGCUGCGCCAGUGCCGCUCAGCCCGGCGCGGCCGCGGACGCCCAGCCCGGCGGUUUCGGCAUGGCCAAAAUGUCGUCGCCCGGCCAGAGGAAUGUCGGUCCGGCAUCGUCUAUGAGCACGCCGACGCAGCAGGCUAUGUUGCGCAGCAUAAAGGUGGAAGGUGGCGCGCCCACCAUGUGUCUUGGGCAAUCGGACGCUCCUGCCCAGUCAGGGCAAGCAGAUUCCCUCGGACAGAAAGUGGGCGGUGGUUGCGGUGGUGGCAGCAGCAAAAACAGCAACAGUGGCUGCGUGGGCAAGGAUGGCCCCGCAGCUGGCAGCGGCGACUCGAGUGAACCGGGGAGCACUUCGGCCGAGGGCAAGGGUAACAUGAAGCUGCUGCAGCUGCUGAUUGGCGAAGGUGGUGGUGGGGGCGGCUCUGAGCAGUCAGGAAGGGACCAAUUGCACGGGGGCAGGGGCGAGCCCAUAAAGGUGGAAGCCGGAGAGAACGGGAUGCCAACAAAUUCCAGCUCGUCGGCGUCCUGCUCAUCGGGGAUGACCUCCCUGACGGAGAAACACAAGAUCCUGCACAAGCUGCUGCAGGAGAGCGGGACGACUUUGGACGCCGAUAAAAUCAUUGGAGAGGUGGUCGCUGCAGGGAAGACAGAAAAUGUGUCCACGUCGCCAUCGGCGGCGCCGUCAUCAUCAUCAUCCUCCUCCCUGCCGGGGGGCCCGGUCGAAAUCAAGCAGGAGGUGGUGUCCGAAAAAGAAUGCGGCGGCGAGAAUGGGAUGCCGAGCAUCAAGAAGGAGAAAGCCAGCCCCCAAAAGCGAGACAAGGACCACGUGUUGCUGCGGUACCUGCUGGACAAGGAGGAGGGUGGCAAGGUGCAGAAGGAGGAGCAAGCGGCGGGCGCGAUGGUGAAGGUAGAGGAGUCGCCCACGGGAGGGUGCAGCGGCUCGCGAUCAGUGGGUGCCGACGCGUGCUCCGUGAGCAGCAGCAGCACCAUCAAAACGGAGCCCGCGGAGAAAGAAAGAAACUCCACCAACGACUUUGACAACCUCGACAGCUUCCUACGGAGCCUGACGUCCGACGCGGCUGUUCGGGACGUGGCCGAGGGUCGGUCCCAGGCGGCCACCACUGCGUCCACGCCCACAACUCCAGUGCCACCCAUCACCCCCUUGUCCUCGACCACGGCUGGGUUUGAGCCGGCGCAGAUGGGCGGCCACGGCGCCACCAGCGCACAGAACAAGCCGUCCGCGCCCACCAAUGAUUUUGGCGCCAUGCCCGGCUCCCCCGCGCCACGGCCAUCCUUCUCACGCUCCGUGUCAAUGGACCCGGCGGCCGUGGGACCACGAUGCAGCCCCGGCGUCUACUCGCCGAGCCGGCGCGGACCGAGCCCCUACCCUCCCGGGCUACGCUCGGUGUCCGCCAACCAGGCCUGCCAGCCCUGCCAGCCGGGGCAGCCUGGCGUGGCCAACAGCAAGGGCAACGCGGGCAGUCACGGGGUCAUGGUGGGAGGCAUGCCGGGGCCUGGCGGCGGUGUGGCGGUGGCGGGAGCUGGUAUGGCGGUGCCGGCGCGACGAGCGAGCAUGACGGAGGUGGAGGGCGGCUCCUGGGCGGCACAGGUGUCGCCUGUGGCCGGCGUGGCGAGCGGGGUCGGCAUGCCGUCAUCCCCGGCCGCCGCCCCGUGUCCCAGCACCGCGUGUGGCCCCGUGGGCCAUCCCAUGAAGCCAAGGGUCGGCGCGGUGGGGCGCCCGCUGUCGCAGCAGCAGCAGCAGCAGCAACAGCAGCCGCCACCCAUGAUGGUUCCCUCCGAGAUGGAGCUGGGCUUGAAUAACUCCCCCUAUGGCCAGCAGCCAGCGUCCAAUCAGAUGCCUCCUUACGGUGACAGCAUGAUGGGAUUGGAACAGGGGUCAAUGGCAGAUGCAAACAGGCAAGCAUUCACGCCGUCGCUGGAUGAGCUGCUGUGCCCGCCCACGAGCCUGGAGGCGCAAAACAAUGAGAAGGCGCUGCUGGACCAGCUGGACUCGCUGCUGAGCAGCACUGACGAGGUGGACCUGGCCGAGAUCGACCGUGCUCUGGGCAUUGACAAACUCGUGCAGCAGAGUGGAAUCUUGGAUCUGCUGCCGAACCAGCAGCUCAAGGGUGGCGGCAGCAGCGGCCUCCCCAUGGAGAUGGUGAUGAGCCUGGACCAGAAGGCCAAGGCCAUGUACGCGGCGGCCGCUGCUGCUGCGGCCGCCGGUCAGCCGUUCGGGGCCCAGCCAGCCGGCUACCCCCCGCAGAGCCCCCGCAUGGCCGGUCCAGCCACCAUGGCUGGCUACAUAGGGGCCUCGUCGAUGAGGGGCCCCCACCCGGGCGCCAACGCUGCCCAGCUGCGCAUGGUGGGCAGCAGGGCGCCGUUACCGCCGGGGCAGCCCAACGCCAACGUGCAGCUCCGCAUGCAGCUUCAGCAGAGGCUGCAGGCUCAGCAGCAGAUGAUGAACCAGAACCGGCAGGCGAUGAUGGGGCCGUACGGCGCGGUGCCCAAUCCCCAGUUACGUGCCAGCGUCACUCCUCAGAUGACGGGCCAGCAGCAGCCUCCGUUAAACGCGCAGAUGCUGGCCCAACGGCAGAGAGAGCUCAUCAGUCGGCACCGGCAGAUGAUGCAACACCAGCAGCGCGCCAUGAUGAUACGGCAGCAGCAGCAAGGAUAUCCUCCGGGCCCUGGGGGCAUGAUGGGCAUGCCCCGGAUGCCUCCCCAGGGGCAGCAGCAGCAACAACCGCAGACGCAGACUCAGCAACAGCCUCAACCCCAGACCCAGCCCCAGCCUCAACAACAACCACAGCCCCAGCUGCAACAGCAACAGCAGCAGCAACAACAGCAGCAGCAACAACAGCAGCAGCAACAACAGCAGCAGCAACAACAGCAGCAACAACAGCAGCAACAACAGCAGCAGCAACAACAGCAACAACAGCAGCAGCAACAACAGCAGCAGCAGUAUCUACCCUACCCAACAUCUCCCAGGGCAUCCAGUGCCACCAUGUUUCCUGGGGGCAUGGGAAGAGGGGCGGCCGCUGUGAACAGAGGCAUGAUGGGAAUCCCGGCGGGCAGCCCCACGGGACGAGAGUUUGGGCAGCAGAUGCAGCAGAAUGUGUUCCAGUUCCCGCGAUCAGCAGCCAUGAGCCAGACGUGCGAGCCCGGGUUCAGCUCCCAAACCGCACCCGGGGGUCGCAUGAGGGCACGGAUGCCGCAGUCUCCGAGCCUGCCCACCACCCCGGAGCUGGGGCCCUGGCAGCAGGGUGGCCUCACCAACAACAACAACAACAGCGGGGUGUUCCCGCCUACGCAGCAGCCCUUUGGGCAGGAGGGCGACUCCAGCCUCUACAACAACAUGAGCAUCUCUGUCUCCAUGACGACCGGCUCUGCCAGCACCACCUGUGGCAACGGACAAAUGAGCAUGGGCCCCGGACCUAUGCCCAUGCCCACUGAGCAGGGAGGUAUAAUGAGGCAGAGCAUGAGCCAAGAUGGUCACACGCGCUACGACCAGUUUGCUGCCAUGUCUGAAGCUGAAAAGGUGCAGCAGGUGCAAGUGUUUGCGGACGUGCAGUGCACCGUGAACGUGCUCGGCAGCAACUCCUACCUGAACCAGGGCAACCAGACGGCCGGAGCCGCGCCGGCCAAGGAGGGGGCAGCGGAGGACGCGAACAACGCGCAGACGCAGCGCAACUCCCUGCUGCAGCAGCUGCUCAUGGAGUGACUUCUUCCCCUGCUCCUACCUCGUCCUCUGUUCCGCGCGUGGACGCCGAAGGAGCCGCGCAAUUCUUCCGGCCGCAGUCGUCGCGGGGAUCUAAAUCCGCUGCGCCGGUCUAGAUCCGCUGCGCCGAGCGAGUUGCGUCCCGCUCCUCUGCCGUGUACUGCGCCUACAGCCUCGCCCGCAACCACCUCUCCUCUCAAAACCCAAGGAAGCAAAGUUGCAUAGUUGCCGUGUUUUUUUUUUGCAUCGUGCUCUUUUUCUCAUCGUAUCCAAGAAUGCUUCCAGCUACGCGGUACAGAGAUGUUACUUCGACGCAAAAAAAACCAACCCCCCCAACGGAGUGAUUUGUGCUCACGUGCUGCACUACAUGGCCUAUUACGGUGUUUGCUCAUUUGCAAAAAGAAAAGUAGCAUCUCCAUUUCUUGAUGCGUACUAUUUUCAUAAGUUUCAAACUGCAAGCUGCGGACUGUUAAAUCAUGAAAAGCCAUACUUGUCUGCCAGCUUGGGAUGGAGAUCCGACUUGAGACGUCGUUGUGAAGUGUGAACGAAUGGCGCAGCGUCGCCCGUACUGCGGCAUGUCCCAUGAAAUGGGACACAAACGUUUUAUUGACGGCACAGAGAAGCCGAGCAAAAGGACGAACUCAGGACAUGCAGGGAAGGCUUUAUUACGGCCUGCAAAAAAAAUUGGAACAAUUUUUAACCCCGGAGCAUACCCUCGCAAAAAAAUAAUUUUAUCUCGACGGGUGCUCGCCUGGUUAUAAAAAGGACUCGAACGGUCGAUGCAGAGAGUGGUCAUUUGCUGGCAGGGUGACCUCGUGAGGUGGAAUAGAAAGCUUGAAAAGAAGCCAUGGGAUUACCGCACUGCUCCCCCUUCCUAGGGGCAGUCCGCAGACGUAGACGAUGGUGUGAAUGUAGUUGCGACGCUGGAUGAGAUUCGGCCAAGAUGCAUCACUCCCAGUGGCAGCCCAAUCCCCGACUAGCAACACCACCACCACCACCAACCCCUCCCUCACCUUCCAGCGAAUGCACUAAAUCCUGUUCCGUCUCUGAAUGCUUCAUGCUUUCCCGCAUUGCUUACGUUUCUAUGACUUCCUGUAAUUUGUUCCUUAGUUUUUUUUGUGCGUGUCCAGUCUGCUAAAUGUGCUGUAAAUAAAAAUCGCCCAAAACAGAUAUAUUGCUAUAUUUUUACACUCUUAGACCAAAUAAGGAUGCUUGCUGUAGGACAACGGAGAGAAAUUACAAAGCGUGCGACUCGUUAGGGGAAACAUUUUCAUUGGAUUGUGAUUAGCGGGAUAGUGAGAAGACGCGAGUAAACCUUUAGCUUAUGCCAGCUUUGUGUGAGCGCAAUGUCUGAAUCGUAAGAGAAGCAAUAAUUUUAAUGGAUUGUUAAAAUGUCAGUUGAACCGAAUAGCCAUAUUAAAACAGGGUAAAUAACGAUGCAAACGUAUCUGUUCAUGCAAGUAUGUACAUGUUGUAGUUUAUUUUGUAUCGUACACUGGAGGUUGGUUGAUUGCAUCACACAAUCCUCAGUCUCGUACAAUAGGAGUUUUAACUGACAAAUGGGCGAGCAUUACUUAAUAUCCAAGCCCGGCCGCUGGGGGUGUUUUCUUUAACUGGAAGACAGUUAUGAAAACCACACUACACAAUACCACAAAAAAUGGUCUUUGGGAAAGUACACCUGAGUGUACAAAAUGCAUGUAUUUUAAUCGUCAGCAUAGUGGAUCCUAUUGGUCUAAAAAAAAAGCUACCCAUGCCCUCGACUCUUGCAUUUAUUGGCCUCAAUUGUGUAAUAUGGCUUCGUAAUGGACCACCUCUCCUGUAAUUAAAGUCUGAAUUUUGAUUUUUGAAGGCAGCUUUCCUGCAAUUUCAGCAUACACAGUAUUGUUGUCAGUUGAAAGUGUUAAGACUGCACACAAGGCAUUUGUUGAAUACAAUAACAAUGAACGACUUCGCAGAUAUGCCGUUUUUAAAUAACCUCCCAACUUGCCUUGAAAUUGCAGUUUUAAGCAUCUUUUCAGUGUACUACUGCAUAAGUUUUCGCAGUUAUACUGUACGGCUCUGUUUUCAGGUCAUACCUUAUGGUCCGACGUUUCGCUCCACGUGCUGGGAGCUUCGUUAGCAUUUGGGAGCAAAAUGACGAACAUCAAUCUGAACGACACGCCGGUAACAACCCGAGAACACGUCGGAGAGCUAUAUUUUCAGUGUGCCCAAUGAUAUAGCAAUAAUGAAGUUUUCCGAUGUAACUAAACCAUCAUUACCCCAAGUUUUGUGAACAUCGGUAAUCGCUAUCCCCGUUGUAACACGAGAGUUUAUGAAUGUUUGGCACAUCCCGCUCUGCAGCGCACACGACGCACGUAACAGCGGCGGUUCACCGUUUGCAAGGGCAAAAUGGAAGCGUCUUGCGAAUUUAGACAAUUUGUUGAGCAAGCAUACGAGGUCGAUUGUGUAUAUAACUUUAAUGUAUUAAUCAGGAGGCGAGAAUAGGUACCGUGGGAAUUUUAUUUCACAUGGAUUUACACAAUGAUUAAUGGUCAACCAAAUUCAUAGCGCGCAAUGGCACCACCAUCGAUACUUGCUGUUUUUUGGCUUUCCCCCUGCGUACUUUGCAGCAAUGUGUCAUGGCAAAAUGCUUGCUUCACCUGUGCUCUUCCGGCCACAUAUAUACAAGCAGGCGUAUUAAUAAACUCAUGCCGAAGCCGUGUAUCGUCAAUGUUGUGGUUAGAAAGGAGAGAGCAAAAAGUUUCAUCAUGGGCAUUGGACUUGUUUUUGCUAAGAAGUGAAUGAAACCGGGGUGAUUGUUGGAAGAGCAAUGCUAGCGCCAUCGAUUGCAGAUGUUUUCAUUAAUAUAUGAAAUAUAUAUUUUAAACGAAAUGGACAUUUUCUGAAAGUGUGUAAAGUUCGUAACAGCUGAAGCCUUUUUUAUUCUUACUGUAGGUCUAUUAGAUUAUGAAGUGUUUUACAUGUCCCCCUUGAUGAGAAUAUUUUGUACAGGAAUGCUUGUAUAGUUAAAUAAUGUGUAUAAUGCUUUACUGCUUUGCCUAAAAGAAUACAAACUGUUUUCAAUGUAUGUGCAUAUUAUUAUGAAUAGAAAUCUUCAACUAAAACAAAUCUUACUUUCCCCAUUUUUUUACAUUUGUAAGAUAUCCGAUGUGUUCAUGUCUUGUUGGGAGAUGCUUACGAGAUGAGAUUUGUGAAAAAAACUUCACGAUUAUCUUUCUCUGGCUUUCCACCACAGGUGUGCAUGAGUCCAUGUACCAUUUAAAUUGCAUUGAGUCCAUCUUUGCGUGCAUUUCUGUUCGUAUUGCAUAUAGACACUUAAAAGUAUGAGGGGUCUUAUGUAACGACUUAUCAUUAUUUUGUCUUUUUACAAGCCCUGCCCUUAAUGACUGUUAUUAUUAAUAUAUCUCAAAAGCUCCUGCAGCUUUUACAGAUAGAAGCCAUUCAAAUGUAUCUACAUUUGCUGUUUUUGUUAGCUUUAUUAAUACAAUGUAAAUAAAUCUAACAAUGAA